GACCCUCAAAAACCCCCAAAACCCCAAAAUCCACCCCAAAAUCAUCCCCGGGGGCGCCGCGGCCCAGGACGGGCGGCUCAGGGUGAACGACAGCAUCCUGUUUGUGAACGAGGCCGACGUGCGGGAGGUGCCGCACUCGGCGGCCGUGGAGGCGCUCAAGGAGGCCGGGGCCGUGGUGCGGCUCUACGUGAUGAGGAGGAAGGUCCCGGCCGAGAGGGUGGUGGAGGUCAAGCUCAUCAAAGGGCCCAAAGGUACCCCAAAAACCCCAAAAUCACCCCAAAAUUCCUGA